AUGGUAGCAUGUUUCAUUUCUGAAGAUUCCCAGAGAGCAACAGGUGGUACAAGACUAGCCCAGAGGCAACAGCCAAAGCCAGAAAACUUCGAUGUAGAUGGUGGCAAGAACAAUGACAUAUUUGACAUCAAUCACGCUCACCGGCACAAUUUCUUCAUUCAUGAUGACACUGUAUCAAACUCCCUGGGUGUUCCCUAUGACUACACAUCUCUGAUGCACUACAGCAAAAAUGCCUUCCAAAAAGGCCCAGAACCAACAAUUAUAACUAAAAUCCCUAAGUUCCUUGAUGUGAUUGGACAAAAUAUGGAUUUAAGUAAAUAUGACAUUGAAAAAUUGAAUAAACUCUACAACUGCCCUUCUUCAAAAACCUUUUUGGAUUCAUGUGAUUUUGAACUGAAAAAUAUCUGUGGCAUGAUUCAAAGCUCAGAAGAUAAUGGUGACUGGCAGAGAGUUUCACAGGUGCCUGCUGGGCCUGACACUGAUCAAACAUAUCUGGGCAAGUGCAGAGGCUGUGGUUUCUUUAUGCACUUCAACAGCAGCUCUGUGAAUGUUGGGGAAAAGGCAAUCCUGGAAAGCCGCAUAUUUCACCCCAAGAGAGCGUUUCAGUGCUUGCAGUUUUAUUACUACAACAGUGGUAACAAAGAUGACCAGCUCAAGAUAUAUGUCAAGGUGUAUACCUCAGAACAUAGUAAUGGCUCUCUUACUCUGGCGGAUGAAGUAAAAGAUCAACCCAUUGGAACCUGGCAACUCUAUCAUGUACCAUUGGCAGUUUCCACCAAAUUCAGGGUGGUAUUUGAAGGAACUCGAGGUAUUGGCACAUCAGCUGGUGGUCUCUCCAUUGAUGACCUCAACCUUUCAGAAACACGCUGUCCUCAUCACCUUUGGAAGAUAAGCAAUUUCACACAACUCCUGAGUUCAAGGGGAAUCAUUGUUAGCCCUCCAUUUUAUUCUCCUACUGGCUAUGCCUUUCAAAUUUUGUUGGAUUUAAAUAAUCAGACUAAGAUAGGGAUAUACUUCUCCCUGAUCUCUGGAGCCAAUGAUGAACAAUUACAGUGGCCGUGUCCAUGGCAACAAGCCACAAUGACGCUAUUGGAUCAAGAUCCUGAUAUUCGUCAGCGCAUGUCCAACCAGAGGAGUAUGACUACAGAUCCAUUUAAAAAAUUUGAUAAUGAAAAUGGAACGUUUUUUUGGGACAAGCCCUCCAAAGUAGGAGAGACAGCAACUUUCCCUAAUGGAACAUCAUAUAGCAGAGGUCCAAGAUAUGGAACCAGUCACUACAUAACUCACCAAAGGUUGCGAAGCAGAGAUUUUGUCAAAGGAGAUAAUAUUUAUGUGCUUCUGACUGUGGAAGAUAUAUCACAUCUCCUUUUCACUGAGCCGUCAUCUCUCCCUACGACAGAGCCAGUGCCUCCAUCCAAACCUAACGUGAGUGUCUGUGAAGGAUUCACCUGUGAGAGUGAUGGUAUCUGUGUUGUCCGCAAUAACAAAGCGGAAUGCAGGUGUCAAUCAGGUAAAGACUGGUGGUACAUGGGAGAAAAAUGUGAGAGGAAGGCCUCCACCAAGGAAGUCAUAAUUAUAGAAGUUCUAUGCACUGCAGUUGUAUUUGUUAUUAUGCUGACAGUGACUUUUGUGAGUGUCUACUGUGUUAAGAAGAAAUACAGCCUAAAGAGCAACGUCAAUAGUGGUGAUGGAGGAUGUCAGCACUUUCAAGAGCUGACGCAGGAGGCAGGGCAGCAGACACAAAAGAAGAGCUAUGCAGCCAGUGCCUAA